GCCUGAUACAGUUCGCAUUCUCCCAAUAGGUGAAUGUGUUCGCUGACAACAGAGAGAUUAUUUGAUAGUAUUAUUUCAAAUCCAAAUCACGGGUGCGACUAUAUAUAUGCAUUAUUUGUUUCGCUUUUAUUUUGAAGGUGGCGAAAGCAUAGCAUACCAAGCAUAACACAAUACAAAAUCGGAACAAUCGUGGUGGCGGCUGGCUUGACUUCGUUUUUCCGUGUGGACUAUGGAGGCAGAUUUUUUAAUUGUGUUAAAACACAGCUCCGUAUGACAUUAGAUUUGGUCUUCCUCCAGCGGAAGUUUAGGGUUGCCAAGCAACCCUUUGUGGUCCGCGGCAAUGCUCUGGAAGUGCAACGCUCGUGAGUCUUUUGGGUAAAUCGUCAAUUAAUACUAAAUACACGCGUCGGUGUGUUCAACGCUGGACAAAAUUUUGCGUCAGGUAACAACCUACUACCUGCUUUAAUUAAAACGAUGUUAAGUAGUUUUGUUCAUAGUUUCUCAAAUUGCACUUGUUAGUUUUACGAGCCGGUCGUUAUUUAUUUUUCCGCGUCAAAUGAAUGAUUGCAUGUUAUCGUACCUAAUGUUGUGGUUUUAUUGCUAACUAUCAGUCUGGAUGGAGAGAGCCGAAGAGCAAUUCGCAGUCGGGGAGGGGUGGGUGGAGGCAGAAGAGAAGCAUAACGAGCUGCUUGUUGACAGUGAACAAGAGGAGGCCGACGUUGUAGCAAAUAUGUCUCCUUCACGGCCAGGAUCAGAACCUGUUGAUGUGGGCCAACAGUCUCAGGCCGACAACACUGGUGCUGAUGGAGACACUGCUGCAACUGGACUUACUGGUCUUGAACAGGACAAUACUUCCCGGGUUGGGUCACCAAGCCACUUUGUAAACUCAUCAGAGGACAUGGACGAAGAACCACUGAUGGAGGAAGAAGUUGAACUGAUUGUUCUUGAUUCUGAACAUCCUCUGGUUGCAAAGAAGCAAGCUGCGCUGAAGAAUCAACUAAUCAAGGAGCUGGAGAGGCUCACACUGGAUCUAAGGGAAGAGUUGGGAAUUGAGAAGGCAGAGGCGAGCCAAACAGAAGAAAUAUACGUGCAGUUGUUCAGGGAACAGGAGAGGCUCAAACGACUCCAGACAAGACUAGAUGGCCAACAGCAGACCAAGAUCUUGGCUGAAGGCAAACAUCGACAGGUGCAAGAGGAACUUGAGGUGGUUAGAUCUAGCCAGUCCAGCACUACCAGCCAGCGCAACAAGGAGAGGGCCAAUGUAUCCAACCUACAAACAGAACUGGACAAACUGAACUCACACCUCAACUUCACACAAGAAGUCAGUGAAGAUCUGCAUUCUAAUGUCAAAGCCAUGAAGAAUGUCACUCGCAAAACAGCAGCUACGAAGUCCCAAGUCGAAGAGCAAAAACUCAAACAGGACAUGUAUGUGGAGCACCUCACAAAGGGCUUGGAGCGAGUGACACAACAGAAGGAUAUGUAUGAGGUCCAGACCAAAGCCCAGGCAGAGACAACGGCGGCAACCAAGGAGGCUCUUUCUGAAGCGGAAAUGCAAAUGGUGUCUCUGGCGAUGUCACAGAAACAGCUUUUACAGCAUUGGAACAGGAGCCUGGUGGAUUUGAGGAGGCGAGAUGAAGACUUCAGAGCAAUGCAGGAGGCUAUUCGCAUGGCUGAGCACCAAGUGAUCGUGCUGGACAGCGAAAUUGAGGGUAUGAAAAAAUCCAUCUCUGAGCUACAGGAGGAAAGUGAAACUUUGACCAUGCUGCUUAACUGCACCGAUAUGGACUGCGACGUCUCCAAGAAGAUGAUCAGUCAGAAGCAGAGCCAGCAUGAAAUUCUGCUGGCCGAGUACAGCAUCUACCUCCGUGCUCUGGGGCAGACUGAGCGGAUGCUUGCAGAACUCACCAAGGAGGACAACACUCUUCAGGCUGAGGUCGCUGAUCAGAGACGAAAGUUGGAGAAAAACAAAGAUAAGCACUUGGAGUUAGAAAACAGCAUCAUGACUCAAAUGCUGCAGACGUUCAUGGACAACAAGGCUGCUCAGUAUUAUCAGCGACUUACCAACAAGAAAGCUUCCCUCAAAAAGGAGAAGGUCUAUCAGUUGUGGCAUUUAGAGAGUGAAGUAAUGGCCGCAAAGGUGGAAAGUAAAGUGAUUGACGAGAAACUGGAAAACUUGGCCCGAUCUCAGAAGGAGCUCGAUGAAGAAAUCACCAAGUACAACAAGGUGGUCGCAUCAAAUCAGGCUGAGAGCUCCUCCAUUGAUGCACUUAUCACACAGAAACAGACUGCUAUCGCUAACUACAACAAAAAAAAGGAUCUCAUUGCAGCUCGCACUGGGCAUGAAGACUUCAGUCCUCUGCAAAUCAAAGUUGCAGCAAUAAAGACUCAAACUGAGGAAUUAGCGGAAAAAAUCAAGAAUGAUCAGCAGCUGUGGCUGAGGCUUCAGGGAACACUUGUGGGACUGACCCUGGAGAUUCAGGCAUACAACAAGGAGUACAACAAGCUUCAGGCAAAGUACACUGUGACCUGUCAAAAGAAGAUUUAUCUGGAGCGCCAUCUUGAAGUUGUCCACCGUGAGGAGAAUGAGGUGGAGAAGAGCAAUAAGAUGCUUCAAAGAGACCUGCUAAAGCUCAACACGCUUGUGAGCAAAAACACGCAGCUGCGCGAUGCUUUGGAGCAGGAGAACGCUGCGAUAGAGACUGACUUCCUUCACAAACUCAAGGAGGCAGAGCGGGAAUCUAUCGAGAUGGAGUGUAAACUGGAGAAGACCCGGGGGGAAAAAGAGAAACUCCUCAGAAGUUUAGUGGAGGCUGAGCGACAGAUCAUGCUGUGGGAAAAGAAGACUCAGCUUAUGAAAGAGACACGUUUAGUUGUGGAAGAGGGUCAUGGAGACAUCCAGAUAACCAAAGAUGACAUUCACCGGAUGGAGGUCUAUCAGUUGUGGCAUUUAGAGAGUGAAGUAAUGGCCGCAAAGGUGGAAAGUAAAGUGAUUGACGAGAAACUGGAAAACUUGGCCCGAUCUCAGAAGGAGCUCGAUGAAGAAAUCACCAAGUACAACAAGGUGGUCGCAUCAAAUCAGGCUGAGAGUUCCUCCAUUGAUGCACUUAUCACACAGAAACAGACUGCUAUCGCUAACUACAACAAAAAAAAGGAUCUCAUUGCAGCUCGCACUGGGCAUGAAGACUUCAGUCCUCUGCAAAUCAAAGUUGCAGCAAUAAAGACUCAAACUGAGGAAUUAGCGGAAAAAAUCAAGAAUGAUCAGCAGCUGUGGCUGAGGCUUCAGGGAACACUUGUGGGACUGACCCUGGAGAUUCAGGCAUACAACAAGGAGUACAACAAGCUUCAGGCAAAGUACACUGUGACCUGUCAAAAGAAGAUUUAUCUGGAGCGCCAUCUUGAAGUUGUCCACCGUGAGGAGAAUGAGGUGGAGAAGAGCAAUAAGAUGCUUCAAAGAGACCUGCUAAAGCUCAACACGCUUGUGAGCAAAAACACGCAGCUGCGCGAUGCUUUGGAGCAGGAGAACGCUGCGAUAGAGACUGACUUCCUUCACAAACUCAAGGAGGCAGAGCGGGAAUCUAUCGAGAUGGAGUGUAAACUGGAGAAGACCCGGGGGGAAAAAGAGAAACUCCUCAGAAGUUUAGUGGAGGCUGAGCGACAGAUCAUGCUGUGGGAAAAGAAGACUCAGCUUAUGAAAGAGACACGUUUAGUUGUGGAAGAGGGUCAUGGAGACAUCCAGAUAACCAAAGAUGACAUUCACCGGAUGGAGCGGCAGCUCAAUCAGCUGAUGAAGCAGCGGGAGCAGCUAGUGAAGGAGAGUGUCAUAGUCGUGGAAAGGAGAGGAAACAUCAUCGAGCGCAAUGAUGCCCUGGCCCGAAGCACGAAAAAGCUAAUUACGAAGGGAACGCUAAAUCUCAUCAAUGAUGGCUUACGGCGCAAAAUAAAAGAAUCACAGAGGAUGGUCAAAGAGUGGGACCAGGAGCUCAAAGAACUACAAGAGAGCCGGUUGAAUCUGAGCAACAUUGUUGCACAUCAGAAGCAGCAGCUGCUGAACCUGUCUGGCACCAGUCGUGACCUUGAGACUGAUCUGGAAAAAAUUCAGGAUGCCAAAAACAGGGACCAAGCUUACCUAAUGGAAUUUCAGAGCAAGGCUAAGAAACUCCAAGAGGUGACUGAUGGAAAAUAUCGACCGUCAUCCUCAACUAGUCAAUCAGUGGAAGCCGCUACACAGAACCUAAACGAGCGUUUGCUCGCUGUCUGCACCAUUAUCCACCGUGUGUGUGAGGAGUUCCCCGUUCACAGGGAAGCUCUCUGUGCUCUGUUACUGCCUUUGGAAGCAGGCACACACAGUCUCCAGGAACAGGAAGCAACAUGUGAGUGAUAUGCAAAAAGUACAAAGACCGAGAGUACUGAAGAGCAGCAGGAAACAUUUGAAACUCAGAGCCCCCUAAUUAGGCCUGAUGGAUUACGUGGAGGCAGUGGUGUCACUGUAAUACGUUCAUGAGCAGGGCAAGAUGUCUUUUGGCGAAAGGCAAGGGACACCCUGGACUGGUUGUCACAUGCACAUAAAGAGAAAGACACCCAUUCACGCUCGCCUACACGCACUGUCAACAAUGAGUGGGAAGUGAACCCAUACUGCCUGCUCAAGUCAGGCCAUCAGUGAUGCAAGUAAUUGUAGUGGGUAUAGUAUUCUGUUUUUCCUAAUUUUGUUGUCCUUCUGUUGCUGUUAUUUCUAGUCUGUCUAUACUCCUCUGCAAGUAACCACCAACUAGAUAUCUUGAACUACUGCUGGUCAUCUCAAACAGCCCGGACAAUACUUAUAUUACCGGUAAUGAGCACUAGCCCUCGGACUUGCACCCAAAAUCCGUUCACAUUUUCAUUUAUCAAUUAAUCUGAGAGUCCUGAAUCAACUCAAGGUGGUUAGGAAAUAUCAACUCAAAGUGGUUACUUUUGCCCAAAAACUUUUUUUUUUUUUGCACGGGCGGAAUUCUCAGACCCUUGACUGC